CUAGAGCUAGAGCUAGAGACCCCAGCCCCUUCCCUGUCUCUUCUCGGCCUCUCCUCCUCCAGUCUUGGCCUCCUUGCUUGGUGCUGGUGCUGGUGCCGGAGAGCAAGAUGGCCAGGGGGUCUCAGCCAUCCGCAUCGCUCCUGCUCUUCUCUCUGGGGCUUGUGCUCCUCUGCUUCACCUCAGGAAGCACCGUGAGGCUGGCCGAGGCACAGAAAACGUGGUGCAUGGCGAAGCCGUCGUCGGACGAGAAGGUCCUGCAGGCCAACAUCAACUACGCGUGCUCCAACGUCAGCUGCGCUGUGAUCCAGCCGGGCGGGCCGUGCUACAACCCCAACAACCUGCUGUCGCACACCUCCGUCGCCAUGAACCUCUACUACGCCGCCAACGGCCGGCACUCCUGGAACUGCUACUUCGCCGACUCGGGCAUCGUCGUCAAGUCCGACCCCAGUUACGGUUCGUGCACCUACUACUGAUCUCUCUUCCUCGCCGAGGUCGAGCGAUGCAGAUGGGUCGCAGUAGGUUCUUCUUGUGUUUAAUUGGUCGCGCGAGGAGCUGCAUGUUGUUGUGAGCUACAGUAACUAACUGCUCCGGCAUGAUGAUUAAUUUGUUGAGGUGCAGAGUGUGUGUUGGUGUGGGUUAACUGCUAGUCUGUGUUUGCCUGUUAUUGUUGGAGAUGUCAGAUGUCCAUCCAUUCACUGAUCGAUCUCUCCGGUGGGGAACUUGUUAAUCCAUGUUUGUCCGGUUACUUAUUUAUUAUUGUUGUCCUA